CCCCCUCGCCACUGCUGCUCCUCCCCAGCAGCGCGAGCGCAGUGCAAUCAGCCAUUUGCCACCACCACAGGUGGCUGGAAAGAAGACAUGGGAAAACUGGAAGUGUUCGAAAUUUCUUUUACUGACAACAAACUCGUGUACAGUCCCGGGGAAGCAAUCACUGGAACCGUGAACAUCACAAACGUUGAAUCAAUCCAGUGUAAAGCGAUCAAGGUGAACUGCCAUGGCUUCUGUGGGGUUAGCACCCGGAUGAAUGACACCUCGUGGGCCGCAGAGGAGCAGUAUUUCAACAGCACUAUUUCAGUGGCAGAUAAAGGCACUUUGAAGAAGGGCCCUCAUACGUUUCCAUUCAAGUUUCUCAUUCCAGCCACAGCCCCUACAUCUUACGAAGGACCUUAUGGCAAAACCAUAUUUGAAAUCAGAGCCUUUGUCGACACGCCACGUUUCACAAAGGACUACAAGGCAGAGAAGGCUUUCUUCAUCUUAAAACCCCUCAACCUCAACGAUGUGCCUGAUAUUCAGGAAAUAAGUUCCUCCUCGGUGACCAAAGACUUCAGCUACAUGCUGGUGAAAAAUGGCACUAUUAUGCUUAAAGCCACCAGUGACCAGCGAGGGUAUACCCCAGGCCAGGUCAUUCACCUGGAGACAGAGAUCGAGAACCGGUCGGGGAAAGCCACAAGCACAGUGGUGGCCAGUCUUAUGCAGAAGGUGACGUACAACACCAAGAGGCCCCUGCAUGACCAGAGGACCAUUGCGGAGGUGCAGGGCGCGGGCGUGAAGGCCAACAAGGAGGCCAAGUGGAAGGAGCAGAUCAUCGUGCCGCCUCUGCCACAGUCCCCGCUGCAAGGCUGCGAACUCAUCAACGUCGAGUACUACAUCCAGGUCUCUCUGAAGUCCCCAGAGGUGUCGCUGACUCUGCCCAUAUUCAUCGGCAACGUUCCCGUUGACCCGGCGCGCCGCGCCAACCCUUCCCGCCCCGUGCCCCCCGUGCCCAGGUCCACGCCUCCGACCGCCGCCAAGGACGCCCCCAAACCCGCGCCCAGACCCCGGCCUCGCAGCUGUUACGCCUCCCCCAGCGCACCCCCGGCCGAGUUGGAAGCUGGAGCCCCGGGGAUGGCGGGCACGCCACAGGCCGAGGAGCUUCCCACCAAGAGCCACACUCCGCAGCAGCAAGGGCUGGACUCCCCAGCCGUGGCCCCGGUCCCGGCCCUCCCCUCCCCCCGUGGCUUCAGCUACGCCCCAGGCCUGAUGUUCCCGUCCCCGCAGCCCAGGCCCAACGGCGUGGUGGGGCCCCACAACAACAACAGCGCUGCAACCAGCCCGUCGGCACCCGUCUUCAGCGUGUCCACAGGGUCCAACAUACCCUUUCACACGGAGAACAACUCCACGCCCGUGCCCAUGCCAGGCCAGCUCAUCAUGCCACCAAACUACGGGCCGUCCCUGUAUCCGCAUGUUUUUGCAGAGCCGCCACCUUCGUAUGAUGAAAGCUGCAGCAACACCUGAAAUGGGUACCAGAACCAAACAACAAUGGAGGAUUGUCAUCCACACACACACACACACACACCUCAUUGUCUGAACAUUGCAAUCUCUCAGUGCAUACAGGCACACUAGGUCACUACAUCUAUUUAAGCCUUCUCAUCUCUACCACAGCCUUUUAAGGAAAACGCUAACUUUAAAAAAUGAGUGGGCCCCUCUGGGGUCUUCAUAACUGAGUUCAAUGGGCAGUGCUUGGGAUUCAUGAUGUCAUAAGACACCUGGCAUGUUAAUCCAGUAUGUCUGGAGUUAGAUUUGUGUGUGUGUGUGUGAUUUUUUUUAUCAAACGGUUUAUCAUCGUGUAUAGAAAGUGAUUAUGACAAUCAACGUAUAAAGUAGCAGAAGCAGUUUCUCUGUUUUUGGAAAUGGUGAUAUGCUGUUAUAUGCUAUUGACAGAGUUCCAAUCAGUGCCAAUUAUAUACAACUGAUUUUAAACAGAAAAUGAAAAAAUGAUCCAAGGUUUGUUCUUUUUUUCCCUUUGUUUUAUUGUUUGUUUGUUGGUUUUUUCUAUUGCUGGUAUUUAUAUAUUAACACUAAGGUAUACACUGUUAAAUAGUUUUAUUCACUUGAUUGCCUUUUUAGCCUUCAGUUUUAAUAAAAUGGUUCACAAAUUCAA